GCACGUGUUGGGCACGACCGUGGGCAUUUAAACUCUCGGCUGAGGCUGCGCGUUUCAAGUUGCUCGGGACUCCCCAUUUGAACAACAACGGCAAUUGUAAUAGGCCAACAACAGCACGCUACUUUGUGCACAGAUGGCGUGCAGCGGCGUCCUGCUGGUGCUGGAGAACUACAUCAAUGGCGAGUUCGUGGCCAGCGAGACGCACGUGGACUCGUUUGAACCAUCAUCCGGCAUGGUGUACUGCCGAGUCCCCGACAGCGGCGAAGCCGAGGUGAACGCCGCGGUGGAAGCGGCGAAGCGCGCCUUCCCGGCGUGGGCUGCCACGAGUCCCCUGGAGCGCGGCAGGAUCCUCACCAGGCUCGCCGAGCUCAUCGAGUCCCGGCUGGAGGAGCUGGCAAGAGCAGAGUCCCACGACCAGGGAAAAACACUGGAACACGCAAGAACAGUGGACAUCCCGCGCGCCGCGUACAACUUCAGGUUCUUCGCGUCCGCCGUGCAGCACUACACCAAUGAGUGCACGCAGGCUGACCACAUGGGCUGCAUGCACUACACGGUGCGCAGUCCCGUUGGAGUAGUUGGGCUGAUCAGCCCGUGGAACCUGCCGUUGUACCUGCUCACGUGGAAAAUCGCUCCAGCCAUAGCCCUGGGAAACACGGUGGUUGCCAAGCCCAGCGAGUUGACCUCUGUGACCGCAUGGAUGUUCUGCAUGCUGCUCAAGGAGGCUGGCGUGCCAGCCGGCGUGGUGAACCUGGUCCUGGGUACGGGCAAGAAGGCAGGCGCCGCCCUCGUGAGCCACCCCGACGUCCCAGCGAUCUCCUUCACGGGCAGCACGGCCACGGCGUGUGACAUCACCGUGCGCAGCGCCCCUCACUGCAAGCGCCUCUCCCUGGAGCUUGGCGGGAAGAACCCCGCCAUCAUCUUCGCAGAUGCCGACCUCGAUGCCUGCGUGGCGACCACCGUCCGAUCCAGCUUCGCAAACCAGGGAGAGAUCUGCCUGUGCACAAGUCGUAUCUACGUGCAGAGGCCCAUUUUCAAGCAGUUCCUGAAAAAGUUUGUCGAAGCAUCCCGUGCAUGGAAGGUGGGACCUCAGAAUGACCCCACCUCCAACAUGGGACCCCUCAUCAGCAAGGAGCACCUCGCAAAGGUGCGUGGAUACGUGGAGCAGGCGGAGCGGGAUGGCGGCUGCGUGCUGUGUGGCGAGGGAGUGGACCCCCUGCUGCUGCCCCCGCAGUGCCAGGGCGGCUACUUCCUGGCGCCCACGGUCAUCACGGGCGUGCCGGACGACUCAGCCGCCAUGCAGGAGGAAAUCUUCGGACCGGUCGUGUGCGUGUCGCCCUUCGAGGACGAGGACGAGGCGGUGGCCCGCAGCAACUGCGUGCGCUACGGGCUGGCGGCGGUGGUGUGGUCCAGGGACGUGGCGCGAGUGCAUCGCGUGGCCAAGCGUCUGCAGGCUGGCAUCGUGUGGACCAACUGCUGGCUCAUCCGCGAGCUCAACCUGCCCUUCGGGGGGAUGAAGGCGUCGGGCAUCGGGCGUGAGGGGGCCAAGGACUCGUUCGAGUUCUUCACCGAGGUCAAGACGAUCACCGUCAAGUACUGAUCACGCGUGAUCUGUGUACCACCUGACCAAGCCAAUCGGCGUGCUACAUUAAAUUAAAAUCCUUCAUUCCUUUUAUGCCUGGUUAGCUAUUGGUGGUCAUUCAAUGAUUAAUUAUAAGUGUGCAGUAUAUUGGGACUAACUUGCAGGUGGGACUGAAUGUUGCCUAAUGAUAUUUGUGUUCUCUUGAUGAAAACAAUCAGCUGAUGCUAAUUGUCUGUGCCUCUUGUAUUAUGUGUAUGAUAAAUUGCCGACUUAAUCAAAUGUAUCCUUGCAGAGUUUUCUUGCAUUGUUUAGCUAUUCAUUGCCAUUGUCUUUUUAGAAGUGAGCAAUGUAUUUUACUCUAACUUGCAGAUGGAAGCGGAUUUUUGGUAUGAAAAAUGAUGUCUGCUAAAAUUGUUAGAGCUUAUGUUUAAUGCUGUGAUUGUCAGAUUCUCAUCUAUUAUGAACACUGCCUUAUAUUACACUUUUUCUUAUAUUGAUUCAGUAACUAAUAAUGUGCACUUUUAUAUUGGUGGAUCCAAUUGGCUUGUGAUAACGGUAGGUGAGAAAUGCUGAUUUAAUGUGCUUUGAAAAUAUGCAAUUUCUACCACUGCCAUGUAAUGUUACCUUGUUAUUGCACUCCUUAUAAUUCUGCUAAAUGCACACUGCCAUGUGAUCCUCAUUUUUGAUUAUAAUUUUUUUAGUAGAAAAUGCCAAACCAGUUGAAGUAUGCGAGCAAACACACAUUGCAUUAUAAUCGGUGUUAACCACAAGCAUUGACAAGAAGUACCCGUGGUGCCUUGAUUUAAGUUUGAAGAUUCUACGCACGCCCGUCUGAACUUGUCUGAAUAAACACUGCUUGCAAAUAA